AUGCUCGUGCCUUCGCCGACUCCAUUGCCGCUGCCGGACGCACGAGCUUUGGCACCGGGAGGUCACCCAAGCGAUGCGCAGCGCUUGCAGCCCGCCUCAAAGUCAGGCCAGCUGCUGGAUGUCCGGCUCCGAGCAGAAUUUGGUUCACCAAACUUUCAGGAAAGAACUCUUCUUGAGGAGCGGCCCCCAUUGCCUCCUCCGAGCCUCUUGGACGGCUUCCCGGACCCGCAACGCGUGGAUGCGAGGAAGCAGGAGUAUCUCAAAGCCUUGCAGGAGCAGGUUCGCCAGCGUGUGGCGACGUUGACGCAGCGGCAUCAGGCAAACUUGGAGUACCUUCGGGCGAAGAACGACCAGUGCAAGAGGCAGGCACGUGCGACGGUUGACCAGGCUGUGCGACCCGAAGAGGUAGAUCCUCUGAUUCUCCAGGAGCUUCUCAAGCAAGAGAUGGAAGUCGAUCGGCGCCACGACGAGCAGCUUCUGGCACUACAGCAGGAGCUACACCGACGCUACUUCGAUGCGGCGGCAAAGCCCAGUGACUGGACGCAGGCGCAGGUCGCUGCUGCCUCUCCACCCCUGCUGCCGCCGCCCCCAGGCGGUUUUUCUUCGCCGCUGUCUGUGGCGGGGUUGGAGCCUGCUUCGCCCACUUCACCGGCCCGGAAGACGCCGGGGACGCUCUUCGUCUCCAUCCAGGCGGGCCACAAUUUGAUGAAUCGGGACACUGGCAUCUUGGGAGAUGUCUCAGAUCCAUAUGUCGUGGUCAAGCUUGGUCGGCAGGAGUUUACCACGCCGGUCAUCAACAAUGACCUGAAUCCUGUAUGGCACGUGGACAACAAGUUCACCCUGCAGGUGGACAAAGAGAGCUUGUUGGAGCUGGAAGUAAAGAACUC